CAUUUUCGUUUUCAGAAUCUGAAAAACAGCAACAUGAACUUCUGUGUGGGUGCUUCCUGACAGAAGAUUGGUGCUAAAAGAAAGAAUCUACAGUCUUCAGCUAGCAGGAUUUUGACAAUUCUCCAGUUGCCUUGGGAGCUGGGGAGGUUGCUGUCUCUGAGCAGAUAUUUGCCAUUUCCUGCCUGGAUGCAAAGCAGUACUUGAAUCACAUCUGCUACUUUCAUACUUGAGGAACCAUAUUCUUUGCUGUCUAAUCAGACAUUAAAUAAGACAAGCUAUUAUGUCUAAGAAGCAAAACCAAAAAGAUUUGUCAGGAUUUAUUUUUGAUGUACAGUCAAACACCGUGAUGGCCCAAGGAGGUACCUUUGAAAAUAUGAAAGAGAAGAUUAGUGCUGUGAGAGCGAUAGUCCCUAACCGUAGCAACAAUGAGAUUAUCCUAGUGCUGCAACACUUUGAUAAUUGUGUAGAUCGAACCGUACAGGCUUUCAUGGAAGGUAGUGCUACUGCAGUGUUGAAAGAAUGGACGGUAACUGGCAAGAAAAAGAACAAAAAGAAGAAGACCAAAUCAAAACCCCCCGCAGAAUCAAGUGCCAACCUUCCCGACUCCAGCAAGCCAGCCACCACUGAAGAAGAACAGUCUGCAGUUUCAUCAGAGAAGGGUGGGAUUAACGGUUACCAUGUCAAUGGUUCGGCCAAUGACACAGAGUCUGUGGACUCACUCAGUGAAGGCUUGGAGACACUUUCCAUUGAUGCGAGAGAGUUAGAAGAGAGCGAGCCUGCUACACCUGACACUCCUGAUGGGGCAGCAUUGUUACAGUUUGAAAAUGGAAUAACCAACUUGAGUCCAAAAUCUGCAAGCACGCGGUCUUCCCAGAAUACCCAGUCCCUCAGAGUGCAACCUGAAUUGAGAAAUGCUGGCAAGCCACUCUCCAGAUCUGCUUCCAGCACCCAGUCUCCAGCUCCCUCAUCCCUAGCAAUGCUGGAUGAGGUCCCUGUGCCCCCUGGAAACAAAAAACUAGGUUCCAAUAUUGAAAAAUCGGUAAAAGACCUCCAGCGAUGCACCGUGUCACUGUCUCGAUAUCGGGUUGUGGUUAAAGAAGAGAUGGAUGCUUCCAUUAAGAAAAUGAAACAGGUCUUUGCAGAGCUGCAGAGUUGUCUCAUGGAUCGAGAAGUAGCCCUACUUGGUGAAAUGGACAAAGUAAAGGCAGAAGCAAUGGAAAUCCUAAGCAGCCGCCAAAAGAAGGCAGAGGCACUGAAGAAACUAACUGACGUAGCAGUCCGAAUGUCAGAAGAGCAAUUGGUAGAACUUAGAGCUGAUAUAAAGCAUUUUGUUAGCGAGCGCAAAUAUGAUGAAGAUCUGGGAAGGGUGGCUCGCUUCACUUGUGACCUGGAUGCACUAAAGAAAAGCAUUGAAUCCUUUGGACAAGUUUCACAUCCAAAGAACAGUUAUUCAACCAGAUCACGAUGCAGCUCCAUGACCUCCAUGGCAGUGAGCAGUCCGGAUGAGUCCACUACCACAGUGUGUGCCUCUACCUCUUCUCCUAGCCUCAUAAUGGCCAAUAAGAAACAAUCAUCCCCUGUAGAAACCUCCACGAAUGCAACAAGCCGUCCAUCUCAACCCCACCGUGAGGGUUUCCAAGGAAAUAGAAGGUCCGGUCAAGGUUACCGGUCCCAAGGACAACGCCAAAAUGGCUCAUCACAUCUCAAUUCAAAUCGCUAUAGAAAUGGGUCUUGGUACCAGUCCAACUAUAAGUCCCGACCACCCUCUGGAAAUGCAAACAGCUUCAACCAGACUUGCCCUACCGGAAUCAAUGGAACUGGACCUGGGCCUGACCCAGGCCCACCAGCCCCGCCCCUACAGACACAUUUGAUCCCACUCAGCCCAGAAGUCAAGGCUCUGCCACAAAGGAAACCUAGAUCAAGCCAAUACGAGGCAUCCAAUUCCUGAGGACCGCAAACUCUGCCACUUUCCAAAAUUGGAGAACAAGAUUCUGGGACACACUUAGCUAGAGAUAUUAAUGAGAAAGGAAAUUUACACUUUGCUAUCCCUGUGCCGCCUCUUUUUCCCAAUCAUUCCAUUCUGGGAAAGCAGCUUCUUAGCAUUUUUCUUGUCCUUGCUUCCUGCAGUGUAUAAUGGGUCAGAUUUUAAUGGGAAGACAUAUACUUGCUGUUCAGGAGUGGCCUUGGCACACCUUACUGAUGCCCCUCCUUACGUCCAAUGGUUCCUCUUAACAUUAGGGCCAGUUUAAAAUAUUGUCGGGUCUAUAUCCUAAAAGUGGGAUGGGUGGUGGGUGGGAAUGUCUUCUAAUAAUUCUAAACCAAAAUUUUCUGAUCCCUAUUCCUCCCAGAAUACCACUAGCCAGGCCUUAUUUUUAACAGCAAAAAGCUAUUCAUGCUGACAAUAAAACAGGGUGCUGUGAAUUGUGGGUUCAAGAUGAGAAAUUUGAAAGGGAAAAGCUGUAAGAGAUUGCUAUGUUCUUUUUUUGCAACUUAUCCUAAAGUCUACACUUGGGAAUACUGGGGAAUAUCUCUUCCAGCAGUGGUUGAGCAAUUUCCAUUCUUCCUGAGAGAAUUAACAUUCUUUCUAUAUGUCAUGUAUAAAUUUAGAUAUUCCCUAGUUUUAAUGUUUGGUGUGGGAUGGGAGGUUUCAUUUUUUUCACUUCCCGGCCAAAAUCCCGUUAUCUGAUUCUAAACUAAAUUUCUAGCAAUUUAUUAGUAAUGCUAAGCCUAAAUGAUCGCAAGUAAAAGCAAAAAAUGCUACAGUCUCUAUCCUUGUAUAAAUAAAAGCAACAUACAUGUUUAAAAGAUGGUAGCCUUUACUUUGUGCCCUUAUUUCUUCUCUUUAAAAAGAGUUCAUAUUAAAUGGAUUUCCUAGAGAUAUGGUUUAGAUUAAUUUAGGAUUAGUUUAAUUUCAAAGAACAAAAAAAUGUCUGGACUAUUUUGAGUAUGUUAGUUUGGGUAUCUAGUUUGCUGCUACAGCUGAUAAAUGAAGUAAGAAAAAAUGAUAAGACCUUUAGUGAUCAUAAUAAUAAUAGGUAAUUUAGAAUGUUCAAUUUGACUUCAGGCUUGGACUCGCAGAGUAAAUGAAAAAGGAGGAAGAAAAAUCGGCCUUUGGAAAAAUAAUGGAUCUCAAGAUAUUUUGUGUAGGAUGAUAAGAAUAUUUAAGAAACUUCAAAGAAUCUGAUCGUUUCACAGUCAUGCUGUAUGUUACCAUCCAUAUUGCAGAUAACUGAAAGUGGUGAUUUGCUUGAGACCAAUCAAUCAGUUUAUUGCAGAAGUGAAGUUUGGAUCAGAUUCUUAGCACACUAUUUAUAUUAAAUAAGGGUGGAGUACCAAAAUACUAGAUCAUAGAGAAUGAUUAGAAUGUUUACUGUGAUUGGUCCUAGAUGAUAGGCAGUAAUAAAUGGUUAACCUUAAAAGCAAAUAUUAGGAGUAUUCAGGUUAGUGCAGUUUCUCAAGCCUGCUAAUAAGUUAUGGAACUGAAUAGUCAAAGCAUCUAAGCGAUCAUCCAGAAGACUCGAUGUCUGGCAAAGAAAAACUUACAUGACCAAAGCCUGGGCAGUAGGAAAAUAAGUGAGAGAGUCCUACUCCUCUUUCUAUUUUGCAGCCAUAUGCAGCUCGAGGUUGUUCAGGUAUAAAUUAGGAACCCCUGCGUACAGAACUACAGUUAUAGAGUUGAGCUUUAAAUUAGGAAGCUUUUCAACCAGCCUUAAAAAUGACAAAAUUGGUUUGAAAAGGAAAAUUGGAGAAGUACAAUAAGAUUUCAGAAACAAUUGCAGUAAUGGGCUGUAUGUGUUACUACCUCAGGUGAUAACUACCAAGAACAAGAAAGCCCUUACUGCCCCAUUUAACAUUUUAAAGUAUUUCCCCUCUCCCAAUGCUAUGUGUAUGCCUGAAUGGAUUGUAAUGUCUUUGCUGGCUGUUGCAUCAAGCCCUUAAAGGUCUUUUCCUCUUGAAAUUUCAGCUAGCAAAAAGGCCAUCAUGUGGCUAAGACGAGGCAUAUGAGGAUAAAUUGUAAAUUCACUAUGGGAGUCAGUAUGGUUUUCGUGUGGCCGAAAGCUUUUCUCAAGCCUUUUAUACAUCCUAAACAUGAUAAUAACCAAUCUACCUGAUACGUUUGUUUAGGUUUGCUGGAAUAAUAUAUAUGGACUAAUUUGGAUAACUGAAGUACCUUAUUGAUAUGUAAUAUUAUUCACAAUGAUGCAAUUUAUCUUCUCAAUAUAUCAAUAAAGGCAUUUUCUUCA